CUGUCCUAGUAAGCCAUGGCCUCCCAUCUUCCGCCCGCGUCCUCCUAGGUUUACGACCCACUGCCUGCUCACCCGCUCAUUUUGUCGUCAUUCCGCGACGCUUUCUAAAUCCUACAAGCCCUAUUUCGUCCCCUGAAAGUGUCUAGCGUCGUAUAUGCCGUCGCGUUGAGAAGGUUCCGCGAGCUAGAUGCACAUCGUGGCGCGCAUGGGUUCAGGAUGCUAAUAGCUAUCAUGUCCUCUAUAAAAGCAGGCUCAAGGUCAGGAUAUUCCUCCACGUCUCUCCCUGCUGGCACUACCCCUCAGCAUGCUUGUCAACACGACCUCCGGUCUGGAGUCCCUGCAGGAACAGCUGCGUCGUUCGGGCAUCUUCGCCCUCGACAUGGAGGGCCGCGACCUCGGCGCCGCGAACGGCAAGCUGUCCGUCAUUUCCUUCCGCACGCUCGACGACGUGACCUACCUCGUCGACGCCCUCGCUUUCACCGCCGACCAGCUGCAGUCCCUCCUCAGCCUGCUCGCAGACUCGUCGGUGACGAAGCUCGUGUGGGAUGGCCGAAUGGAUGCGAGCGAGCUUCUACAUGGCUAUGGCGUGCAGCUGCGCGGGGCAGUGGACCUGCAGAUCGCGGACAUCAUGGCGCGCAGGAAGAGGGAGAGCUUUUUCGAUCAGAAGAGGAGGCUGAGCCGGGGGUAUCGAGGGAUCCCGGCGUCGCUCAUCACAGAGGCGGAGUUUGCUGAUGUGCACCGGUUGAACGGCUUGCGCGGGGCGGCGGAGGACUAUGGUGUUAUUCAAAGGCCCAUGGGGUUGCGAGGUCCCCAAGGGCCCAAGUUCGACCAUAGCAAGUGGCUGCAGCGCCCGCUCACGGCCGAGCAGGUUGUCUACGCUACUGAGGAUGUCGACAUGAUCCUGGCGCUGUACCGCAUCUUCAAGGGGCGCGGAGACAUCCAGGAGGCGAAUCUCAAGCGGCAGACGGAGGCGUACCAUUCCAUCCACAGCCGCUGCCGUCCGGAUGGGUCCAACGCGUAUUUGCGGCACUCGCUGAUGCCACUCGACAUCCUUGAUCUCCCUGCUCCUGGCUCGCCGCUAACUCCAUGUAACGGAUGCCGUAGGGAGCUGUCGCAGAGGUGCUUCUCUCCGUCCUCCUAUCACGGGAAGUGCUUUGUGUGUUCGGCGAUGGACAAGGAACAGGUGAAGCCGGCUGGGGUGCAGGGUCGCGGCAUGCGUUAUGGCCCGAGGUCAGACUUGUUCGGUGGCUUGCUCUUUGCUUAGCGAUUCCCUGUACCGCCUUCUUGGACUGUGUAUGCCUAACACUCAUUAGUCUACUGCUCAAAAUGGUCCUCAUUGUGAAAAUAUCAACCUGCAUCCUGUGAUCGUG